AAACAAUGUUUUCAAAAUUUUUGACAGAGUUAUCUAGUGAUUAUGAAAAACUUUUUGAAACAGAAUUAGGAUAUGAUGUUAUCAUUUAUGCUGGGGAAGAGUCAAAUGUUAAAGAAAUUCAUGCUCAUUCUAAUAUUUUGUGUAUCAGGUCUCAAUAUUUUCGUUCUGCAUUUUCUAAUGAAUGGGCUGAGAAAAAAGAUGGGAAAUUUAUUUUAAAGAAACCAAAUAUUUCGUCUCACUUAUUUAAUAUCAUUCUUAGAUUUAUUUAUUGUGGAAAUAUUGAAUUAAAGAAUUUACAAGGUCCUGAUGUAUUAAAACUUUUGAUAGCAGUUGACGAACUUAAUAUUCAACAAUUGGUGUAUUAUAUUCAAGAAUAUUUGAUUGAACAUCAAACUGAAUUUUUGCAUCAAAAUCCAACUGGUAUUCUUGAAACUGUUUAUCAACAUGAAACUUUUACGGAUUUAUGGAAAUUUUGUCUCGAAAAAAUUUGCGAAGAACCUGAAAUUUUAUUUAAUUCAGAUAAAUUUAUCAAUUUAAAAGCUCCUUUAUUGGAAUUAUUAUUAAAACGAGAUGACUUAAGUAUGGAUGAAAUUAAAAUUUGGGAAGGUUUAUUGAAAUGGUGUUUUGCUCAACAAAAUAUAAUAAAUGAUACAACAAAAUGGAGUAAGGAAGAUAUUGCAAAGAUUGAAAGGUCACUACUUAGAUUCAUUCCUCUAAUUAGAUUUUAUGAUAUUGAACCCACAGAUUUCUUUUACAAAGUUUAUUGCUAUAAAGAAAUAUUGCCUCAGGAUUUAAUUCAUAAUCUUUUAGAAUUUCAUAUAGUUCCUAAUAUGAAACCCAAAGCUAAUGUAGCAUCUUCAAGAAAACUAAACUCGAAAUUUAAACUUGAUUCAACCUUAAUUGAAUCAAAACACAUUCCUUUAUUUGCUUCAUGGAUUGAUAAAAAGGAUUCCUCUUAUGAUAAAAAUGAGUUCCCCUAUGAAUUUAAAUUAUUAUAUCGUUCAAGCAGAGAUGGAUUUGAUGGUGAGACUUUUCAUAGAAAUUGUGACAAUAAAAGAGCUACUAUUUGGGUAGCAAAUAUUCAAGGCUCAACACAAUUAAUUGGAGGGUAUAAUCCACUUGAUUGGAAUGACUUGAGUGGAAAUGGCACUUGGAAAAAUACUGCAGACAGUUUUCUAUUUAAUUUUACGGAUGGAAAAGAUAUUUCUACUGCAAAAUUAGGUUAUGUUAAUGAUACAAAUCAUGCUAUUUUCUGUUAUAAUAAUUAUGGGCCAUAUACAGCAAUUCUCAUUGAUAUGCAAACUACUAUUAACUUUUCUAUCUUUGAUAAAAAAUUCAUCCCCGAAUUUAUUACACAGAAUGAUCACUCUCAUCCUGCAAAAAUUGCCCAGAAACUAGAUGGUAAUGAAUUCUGGCCUAAACAACAUAAAUCACCUAACAAAACCAAAAAAUUCUUCUCUAAGUCUCUUAAAAUUUUAAAACGUAGAUUCACUCGCAAAAAUACAAUUAUAUCCGAAGAAACAAUGAUUUCAAAAAUCGCUUAUCGUACGAAAACUUUAACUGAUAAGAGCAUAAUCGAAAUUAGUGAGAUUUUCGAUAUUAAUUCAUAA